CUAGCAAAGGAUUCGUGUCAAUGUUCUUGUGAGAUCGAACUUUCUCUGGGUUCGUGCAGAAGAUUACUUCUUUGAGUAUCGUGUUUAAGGCACAUCGACGAAGAAAGACCCAAAUUUGAUAUUCGGAGUUCUAUCGAUGGCUUCUUUACUGGCUCGCAGGUCGUUCAGUGCUCUCCGAGCUCGACAACUCGCUUUUUCAGGGCAAGGUUUACAGGGAUCUCAUCUCUGUGGGCUACAGUCCCGUGCUAUAUCUUAUGGAAGCAACAAAGAUGAUGAAGAAGCUGAGCAGCUUGCGAAAGAGAUCUCCAAGGACUGGAGUACUGUCUUUGAACGGAGCAUGAACACUCUAUUUCUCACUGAAAUGGUCAGGGGGUUGUCGCUGACCCUCAAGUACUUCUUUGAUCCAAAAGUUACAAUCAAUUAUCCUUUUGAGAAGGGUCCAUUGAGCCCUCGCUUCCGUGGUGAACACGCUCUUCGAAGGUAUCCAACUGGGGAAGAACGCUGCAUUGCCUGCAAACUCUGCGAAGCUGUAUGUCCAGCUCAAGCAAUCACAAUAGAGGCAGAGGAGCGGGAAGAUGGAAGCCGCAGAACCACUAGGUAUGAUAUCGACAUGACAAAGUGCAUCUACUGUGGUUUCUGCCAAGAAGCUUGCCCUGUUGAUGCAAUCGUUGAAGGACCAAACUUUGAGUUUGCAACCGAGACACAUGAGGAACUUCUGUAUGACAAAGAGAAGCUUCUUGAGAAUGGAGAUAGGUGGGAGACAGAGAUUGCAGAGAAUCUGAGGUCGGAGAGCCUCUACCGCUGAAUAUUGAUCCGAAUAUGCCUUUUGCCUAAUUCUUCAGGAAACGUUUGCUUCUGUUACAAAUAAAGAUGCUUCAGCUUUUGCACUGUUAUUGUAAUCUGUAUUGCUUGAGUUCAUAUACCGAUGGCAAAAUCAAACUUGGGUUUGUUU